UGUCCAUUGUUUACAUUACCUCUAAAAUGUUUCUCCCGUGAGUUUCUUCGAGUCGACACAUUUCCUGCUCCUACAACUGCGUACAGCACACGACGCCAUGGUUUUUAAUGUUUUUGUAAUAGAAAAAACACUCAAAUUAUCAAUGAAAAACAUUAAAUUUUGGGAAAAAUGCACAAAUGACAAAAAGAGACUCUCCAAUAUGGCUGGCCUGGCUGAUCCUGUUUUCGCCUCCCCUCUCUCCUCUCUUAUUCACCUCCUUGGCUCCUUGGUGAACUCUACCCUAACCUCAUAUUUGUAGAACAAAAACCUUACAAAAACAAAACAAAUAAAUAAUUUAAAGUUUUAAUUAUCAAGUGCUGGCAAAUUGCUUGAAUUGCACCGUCAAGGAAGCUGGAAUCAGAGCCAUACAAAACAGCUUUGGGACAGAAAGCUCUGUAGACAACCAACCAAUUAUCAAUAAUUGUGACACGAUCUCAAAUAUUUAACCUAUUAUCCGCACUUAAAACGUUAUAACAGUAAUUGUAGAACAUAUUAAUAUCAAAUUUAGAUCAAUAACUUCAAUAUUGACGACGUACCUGGAACCAAAUAUCUUUGCCUAGGACUUCCCCACUUGCUGAGGGCUAACUCCGAUUGACUUCUUCAAAACCAGUUGAAAGCACUCAACCAAGGGUAGAAUAUUUCUACUACCAAGCAGGAUAGUCCUAGUAGCUUAGGCCAGAAACUAAAUUACUAUUCCUAUUCAUAUUUUAUCAUAAACAAACUUGAAACUAUAUUAUCAAACCAUAAUAACUAUAUGAAUAAUACUCCUGAAACAAACCAAAAACAAACUACAAGCUAGUUAGUUACAAUUUAUUUAUAAUCAAGGCUUAUAAUCAAGAGUUAUAAUUGGUUACAAGUUCAAAAUGGGUGACUUUGAAAGGAAAAAAAUUAUUUCAAAUAAAUCUCGACCAUUUGCUCGGGAAAGUUCAGCAAGUAGUAAAAGUUUUCCAAACAGGCCUGCUAGCACACCAUCGAAAGAAAACAAAGAUUCCAGUUCAGGAGAGAUAAAACAACCUACAAUAUUACUAAAGAACAGAGAAACAGUUAGUGAUGAAAAUACAGUUAAUAUUAGAAAAAAGCCAAAGGAAAGUGAAGCUAGUUUGGGUGUACCUUUGAAAGAAAAUGAGGGAACAACAGUUUUAAAAGACAUGAAAAAAUCAAUGAAGUUCAUAGAUGAUGGUAUAAUUAAUACUGAGCAUUUACAAGAUUACCUUCAGGAGAAUAAUGACUUUAUUGUUGUUGGCAUUAUAGGUGGACAAGGUGUGGGUAAAUCAACCCUUUUAAAUAUGCUAACAGAAAAGAAACUAACAAAAAAAUAUAUAAAAAAAUUAUUUAAAUCACAAUCGGAAGCAUCAUUGGACUCUGAAAACGAUAUAUCUAUCUUGACACAAUGUUUAGAAGAUACUAAUUUAAAUGACGAUCCAAUAUUUAAAACUGAAACCAUUGAAAACGUUGAGAAUUGUACAAAUGUGACACAAGGAAUUGACAUUUAUGUAUCACCCAACAGGGUAAUCUUUUUGGACUGCCAACCUAUUCUGUCAGUCGGAACAUUAGAUGAUCUGAUAGAGAGUGAGAAUAAAAGAACAAACCUGGUCAGUGAGUUUAUUCCCCUAGAAAACAGCGGGGAAAUACAAGGGUUACAAUACACAUCUUUUUUAAUGUCUGUUUGUCAUAUUAUAAUAGUACUACAGGACUGGUUCUUUGAUAGUAAUGUUAUAAGAUUUAUACAAACAGCAGAAAUGCUGAAGCCCACAAUUUCAAAUACUGAGGAUGAAUAUAGCGAACAUUUUCCACAUUUGAUCAUGGUCCAUAAUAGAGCACAAAUGUCUGAUUUUACACCAAAACAGUUUAAAGCAAUGCAAAAAACUUAUGAAAUAUUAUUUAAGAAAACAAAACUACAAUUCCACUCUAACUUAGGAUUAGCCUCGGGAAGUAUAAUGAAUACUUUAGAUCCAGAAAACUGUGGAAAACAAGUUAAUUUGUUCUUAAUACCAGAGUAUAAUGAAAGCAGUGAUGGUAUUUACUCUGGCCACCCAUCAUUAGAAAAUCUAAUAGAAAGAUUAAGAGCAAAUUUGUUUGGGGCUAUAAAAACUUCCCUGACACAUAUACAAUUGACUGAGAAGACUUGGUUGCUUUAUUGCAAUAAAGCAUGGGAGACGGUUAAGAAAAGUCCCUUUUUUGUUGAGUACACAAAAUUAAUGCCUUAAAAUUUCUGUAAUUUAUGUACAUAAUAAUGUCAUAAGAAUAUAAUUUAUACUUACUUAAUUAUAAUUAAAACAUAUAAACAAUUAUAAUUAAGUAGGUAUAUAAUAUAUACCUACUUAAUUAUAAUUAAAACUAUGGUAUUUCCAUUUUCAUUUAACCAUCUGAAGACAAAGCAUUAGAGUAUGUAUAUCUAAUAAAUCUUACAAAUAUAUGUUAUAAUUUGACCAAGACAUUUGGCAUUAUUGAAUUGAGUAAGAUUAAAUAGUUGAGAAUUUUGAAACGUUUUCAUGCAUUCAAAUAUUUUUUAUGAAUCUCUAUUAUUAGUGUCCAAUAUUCUGUCUGUGUGUUAAAAUGUCCAAUAUUCAAAUAAAAAUUGGGUAAUGGUGUGGAUCCGGUGGCUGACCUUGAAACGAGUU